CCCUGAAGCUAUAUAAGACGGGGACGGACUCGUCGACCUUAGUUCUCAAGGAGUCCCUCGUCGUCAAGAUCUGAGGAUGCUUUUCCCGGCUUGGAUCUACGUCGCUGCGGUUGUCUUGGGCGUCCUCUGCGAAGGGGUUCCUCGGAUGCAAGGAGGAUCAGCGGAUCACUACAGCCCGUGGAUCAAGCAGACCCCGCGGCAGGAGACUCACCCCUGCGACGGUCUGCGGGACGAGAGAGAGGCAUGGUACGCCCAGGCUAGGCGCGUGGGCGUCGUGAUCGUGGGCGGAGGUCUGGCCGGCCUGGCUGCAGCCAAGACCCUCUCGGACUACGGCUACAACGACUACGUUCUCCUGGAGGCGCAGGAUCACCUGGGGGGCCGCGUGCGCACCGUCAGGGAAGGCUCCAUCAGGGUCGAGGAGGGCGCCGAGUGGAUUCACGGAGGCUGGCGGAACCCUGUGUACCGCAUCGCACGGGAGAUCGGGGCCGCGGAUCCUCUUCUGCCGGACGACCACUUUGAGUGGCGCAUAGUGACCCAGGAUGGCGCUCCGGUCAACGAAUCCUACGGCGACGUUUUAGAGGAAAUGAGGGACAUCUGCGAGAGGUCAGAGCAUGGCCUCCUGCCCUACUAUGACCUCCCUUACGGCCUGUGUUAUCUGAACAGAUUUCACCAGAAGUAUGAGCCGAUGAAGAACGCUGGCCUCAGGAGAGGCUUACUCCAUCACAUGGAACAGACGGCGAACGGCGAGGAGGGGACCGAGGACUGGCUCCACAUCGGAUCCCGUGUGCGUGACAGGUACCCGGAGUUCGGUCCCAAUCACCAGUGGAAGAAUGGCUUCGAUGCGAUCGUCCAUUAUUAUAAUGCUAGCCUCCCAGCCACCAACGUCAAGCUCAGCAGCCCAGUGUGCCGGAUCCUGUGGGACGAGAAGGACGACCGGGUCCUUGUGGUGACGAGGAAGGGCGACUCCUACCUCGCCGCCCACGCCGUCGUCACCUUCUCCUUCGGCCACCUAAAGGAGAGACACACCAAGAUCUUCGAGCCGCCGCUGCCAAAGUCCUUUACUAAAUAUCUAGGAUACGCUGACUUGGGCAUCGCCGACAAGGUCCAGCUCGGUUGGGAGACCCCGUGGUGGGCGACAAACCUCUCAGCCUCGACAUCAUCUGGACCUCCAGGGACAUUCCUCAGGACAGGGUGUUCCUCGUGGGAAAAGACGCCGUCACGAUGGAAAACCUGCCCGAAGAGACGGUUCUAG